AUGGCUCCCGUCAAGCGCGAAGUGAAACACAAGGUCGAGCACGAGGUCAAGUAUCAGCCCAAGCUCGAAGCCAAGGACGAACGAGCCGACUCUAGCACUCCUCCCGCCAGCCCCGUUCCUUCUGUUACUAUCGCGACCACCAAUAAGCCUACCUACAGAAUGUCCGACAAGGAACGCGAGAUCAUCGUGAGGCUGGUGCUCGACGGCAAGAGACAAACGGAUAUUGCCGAGAUGCUCGGCAUCAAGGUCUGCACCGUUCGCAAGUUCCUGGAGCGCAAGAAGCAGAAGGCGAUGAAUGCUAUGGAUCCGGAGGUGGUCCAGCUCCUUGCCCGAGUACCUUCUCCCAAGAAGCGUCCUGUUCCUGCUAAGCGCGACAAGUAG